CUCUCUCUCUGUAUCUCUCUCUCUCUCUCUCUCUCCCUCUCUCUCUCUCUCUCUCUCUCUCUCUCUCUCCCUCCUUCUCUCCACAGAGACGACCAGCAGCCGGACCGAUCGGAGGAUGAUGUCAUCAGCCAGCAGCCCCUUGGCCCCCGCCUCCUCCCCCUCAGACCUCUGCAGCCCGCCGUGUCAUCAUGGACACCUACUGGAGAGAAGUGAGGAGCAUCGAGGAGGAGCAGGAGGAGGAGCAGGAGGAGGAGGAGCAGGAGGAGGAGAGGAAGAGUAUGGACGAGGUGGAGCUGGAGGAGGCGUGGCUGACGGAGGCGGGGCUCUCCUCCCUGGUGAGCGUCUCGUGUACGGAGGAGGCGCCGGCGGCGGCCGAGGCGCUGCUGUCCACGCUGACACGCCAGCAGGCCGCCACGGUGAGGACGAGGCUGGACAACUACAACCAGACGCUGAAGACCCGUAACAGGCAGCCAAUCAGAGACGUCCGGGACGUCUUCACCGAGACUGACGAUGACUCAGCAGAACGAGGCCCCGCCCCCCCCUCUCACCGCCACGAGUCACCGCCGAGUCGUUACCACACCACCACCAAGACCAUCCGCCGCCACACACACACAGUUCGACAGACUCUUACAACGUUUGUUUUCGAUGAUCAACUACCUGAACACACACACACACACACACACCCCCCCACACACACACCCUCCCCCACACACACACACUCCCCCACACACACACCCUCCCCCACACACACACACUCCCCCACACACACACACUCCCCCUCCCCUCCUGUCAGCUGGAGGCGAGCUGAUUGGCUGCUGCGGGACUCUCCGUACUCAGAGGGCGUGGCUGAGCACAAAGGGGGCGGGGCUUGUUGGGACUGUGUCCAUUUCCAUGGCGAUGAGAGCGGCGACCUGCCGCUGGUACCUGUCUCACCCUCUCAGGGUCUCACCUGUGCAGACGACCUGUCGUCCUGCGACCUGAGACGCCUCGGCUUCAUCUCUCACAUCGAGCUCUCCACCUUCCUGCUCGCUAUGGGCGUCACGACGACCAAACGGAGCCGGCCGCCACGCCGCCGCCGCCGUCGCCACGACGGAGGUGUGUUUGCGGUUCCUCUGACUUCGCUGUUGGAGAACGACAGGAAGACGUUUACUGGAGUCAAAGUUCCUGUCGUCUUCCAGAAGUUGUUGUGUAUCUUGGAGCAGUCCGGUCUGCAGACUGAAGGGAUCCUCAGAGUACCAGGAUCAGCUGCUAGAUUGAAGUACCUGCGCAGAGAGAUAGACAGGUGUGGUGGAGGGUUCGACUGGUCGUCAGUGAGACAGGUGGAGGCUGCAGGUCUGCUGAAGCUGUUCAUCAGAGAGCUGCCCACCCCCCUACUGACACACACACACCUGUCCAGCUACCGCGCCCUGCUGGGUGUGUCCUCUGAGCUCCACCAGGUCCAGGCUCUCCAGCUGCUGACGCUGCUGCUGCCUGAAGCCCACAGAGACACUCUGAGAGCCCUGCUGGUCUUCCUGCGGCAGGUGGUCUCUCAUCAGGACCAGAACCGCAUGUCCGUGUGGAACGUCUCCAUGGUGAUGGCGCCCAACCUGUUCACCUGCCCUCACCACGGCAACAAGCUCUCCGUCGCCAAGCAACAGGAGGAGAUGGAGGAGGCGGUGGGCGGAGCCCGCCUGGUCCAGCUGAUGAUCACCCACCAGGACCUGCUGUGGACCGUCCCCAACUUCCUGCUGUCCCAGGUGAGACGGAUGAACCAGGCGUCCAAUCAGAAACAGUUUGACCUCACCAGGGCCACGAGACGCCUUCUGAAGAGGAGGACCGACAAGAAGGACCAGAACCAGAUCACGGAGCUGUGUGAUGGUCUCAUCAGGGUUCACGCCCCCCUGCACACCAAGGUCUCCAUGGCGAUACAGCUUGACGGACAGAUGAGAGCCAGAGAUGUGAUGACACGCUUCGAGUGUGACAACAGCUCUGUUCAACGUCUGUAUGAAGUCGGAGGAAACAUCUGUGAGCGGCGUCUCCAUCCAGACUGCGUCUUAUUAGACGUUUACAGAGUGAACCCUCACUGUGAUUGGCUGAUCAAACCCUGACAGCCUGACCUGUCUCACCUCCCGCUCCAACAGACAGACAGUCUCUAACCUGUCUCACUCUCUACUUUCUUCACCUCGUCAGCCAUCUUUUGUUUUUGUUUAUGUUGUUGUCUCUUUUCAUAAAACAUAACUCUCCUUCUAUUUGAUUCUUACUGACUGAGAGGCGGAGCUUCAACCAUGAUGACAUCAUGAUGACUGACACCAAAACGUCACGAGGAAACCGACCAACUAGGGCUUGAAGCUGUCGACGGGAUGAGGAGCAGCGAGCAGCACAGAAACCCUUUAAAACUCCAUGAUGUGGAGUAGAGGCCCCGCCCGUUACCAGGCGCAGGUAGACCCGUUAGCAGGUAGACCCGUUAGCAUCUAGACCCGUUAGCAGGUAGACCCGUUAGCAGGUAGACCCGUUAGCAUGUAGACCCGUUAGCAGGUAGACCCGUUAGCAUGUAGACCCGUUAGCAGGUAGACCCGUUAGCAUGUAGACCCGUUAGCAGGUAGACCCGUUAGCAUGUAGACCCGUUAGCAGGUAGACCCGUUAGCAGGUAGACCCGUUAGCAUGUAGACCCGUUAGCAUGUAGACCCGUUAGCAGGUAGACCCGUUAGCAGGUAGAAUCACCGAGGAAGCCUCUGGUUUAACACAGGCUGACCUUCCCUCCAACCCCCAUAACAAACUAACAGUUUGUCAGAUUUACGAAGAGGGGCUGCAGCAGCCUGAUCCGCCUCGAGCCCCAACAGGGCGAAGCUGCUCUGACAGCGCUGUCGCUCGCUGUGACCAGCUUGGUGGACUGAACGCCGCCAACUGAACCUGGUUGACAUGUGAGGAAGGCAGCCUCUGGCAGGAAGGAGGGAUUGGUAGGAGAGUAACCAUCCGGAUACCAACACUGCAAACAGCCACCUCACAAAAACAAGGAAAAAAGUACAAAAAUGAGGUGUAUUUUGCUUAAAAAUAUCAAAAUUAUCUGCUAAUGGAACAAGAAAAUUUGUCUUGUCAAGACUUUCCAAAACAAGUAAAAUAUCUAAUCUCAAUUAACCCAAAAAUACCUUAGAAUUAGUGUAUUCUAACUGAUAACAAGUGCUUGAUUCUUGAUUCUAAUUAAAUACACGUGACCUAUUUUCUCAAUAUGUGUAAAAAUAUUGUUGAAUUAAUAAUCAGUAAAUGCUAGAGCCAUCAUCUGGACAUAAUGAUAUGAUAGGCAUUAUAUUUAUAGAAACCAGGAAAGUCACACUAAAAACUAGUCAACCUUUCUUCACACAGAUACAAAGAUUUUUAUCUGGCUGCUUGUUUUAUGUGAAGAGGUCAAAUUAUGUCAAAGUUAAGAUUUCUUAGUUAUGCUUGAAAUAAGAAAUUAUUACUUUGAAAUAGCAGUCUUAUGAAUGAAUGAAUGCUUUAUUUCGGUUACAAAAAAAAACAAAAAAGAAAGACAACAAAAUAAAAUCAUGUUUUUACAAAAGAAUCCAUCAGACAGCAACUGAAAAAGGAAAAGGCUGAAGCCACUAAAGGCUGAUUUCUGCCUCCUGAACCAUCUACAUGUAUACAUUAUAUACAUUAUAUACAUUAUAUACACGACAUUAACUGAAUAAUUCACAUUGUUACAAAACACAUGAUACCUUAAACUGAAAAAUCAAGUUCAAUCAGAUUUCAUUGUAACCCUUGAUAAUUUUAGACUUUAAAGUCUUCUUGAAAACUAACAUAGUUACACAUCUUUAUUUCAUCAUUUAGUCCAUAAUUCCAUAAUUUUACACCCAAAACUGACACACAUCUGUACUUGAGAUUAGUUCUGACUUUCUGAGUUUCAAACAUUAAUAACCCCUUUGAGUUAUAAAUCCAUAAAGCCUUAAUUUAAACAUGUUUUGAAUACAAACAGGAAUUGACAUGUUUACCACUCGAAACAUAAUUUCUAAUGUUUUUGAAUAAAGUCAAUGUGAAAUUUUAAUGUGUGUGAUCUUAUAAAAAGCUGAUUUGUAGAA